AUGCGAAAUCGGCCCCCAAACUGCAGGUCGGGUCCCGGUGCCGAGUGCCGGGAGGGGCUUAGACGGGUGCAACGGAAGAAGUUUUCUGUCCACUGCCAGGAGGACGACACCCCACCCCCCCUGCCCCACCCCUCUUUCCCCCGCCCCCUCGAGAACAGCGGCUCAAACGCUCCAGCACCCCACGCCUCUAUCGCCCUGGAGACGAGCUGCCCCCCCGCGGGGCCGGCUGAGGGUGACUGCUGCGUGGGCACCUGCCACUCCCUGCCAGCGCCCCCCACGCCCCCCCAACUGCUGCCCAGAGUGGCACACGAAGACGGCUGUCCCGCCAGCGACGGAGUGAUGGAGGUGGUCGGGCUCCAGGACUCAGUCAUGGAGGUGCCUGCAGAGGACAGGAAAGGGGACAGACUGCCCUUCCAGAUUUUCCCCGACCCGGUGGAGGUGGAGGUGGGGACGGAGGACUCGCUGGGCUGCCCGCCGGAGAAAGAGCGCCUGCCCUCCAUCGUGGUGGAGCCCACGGACGUGAGCGAGGUGGAGAGUGGAGAGCUGCGCUGGCCGCCCGAGGACAUGGACUUCCAGGAUGAAGAGGACCUCUUCCUGGAGCAGUGCAUCCCUCCCGCCAAUAUCGCAGACUGGGGCGAGGAUGAGGAGGACGAGGAGCCGGAUGAAGAGGAGGAGGGAGAGGAAAGCUCCAUCAUUGUCAACACCCAGCUGCAUGCAUCUCUUAUUGAUGAGGACUUCAGGGACGACUCCCCCACCUUACUUCAUGACAGUGCACCAGCUCUCAACUAACCAUCAUGAUCAAUGGGAGGUGUCUCCCUGGCAUAUUUGACCACAACUAAGAACGCUUAAACUUCAAUAUGACCUCAUCAAUGGACACUUUAAAGGUAGCUUCACAUUAUCAGAAACACAUACCGGAUUCAACAGAAAUACAGAGGGAACACUCCGAUAAGCUCUUAACAGUUUCGGAACAGCCAUAAAGAGCACACAUCCCAUUAUAUUGUAUGUUGUUUAUUGGUCGACUCCUUUUUUCUUUGUCUGUUUUUUUAAAGAUAAAUUUAAUGCUCAACGUUCAAUUCCUACAUUAAUUUGCAAUGACUAACUCUCAUUGAGAGUGUAAAUGCAUGAUCCCCACUUCCAAUUGGGGAACAUUUAUUUUUCCCCUUGUCACUGUGGGGAAAUGACAAAUGGCUUCUCUUCCAGCAACCUCAAAGUGUGGUAACCAUUUCCCUACCCAUUUUGCAAUCAGAUGCUGCGACAGCUCUCUCCUGAUUAAUUGUUUACUGGUUUAUUUAUCCUUUUCUUAAGUCUCACCGGGGUAAGGAUCUUUUUUUCAAGGCCUGGCCAAGGGGUUGCAGCAGACAGUACAAAACAUAACACAACACAACAAUAAGAAGAACAGCUACAGCUUUGCACAGUAAGCAAAUCUUUCUUGCACAGAGAGGAAGUGUUAUUGCGAAAUUCCUCAUGAGAUACAAAACUAAAAUACUUUAUUUGUUCUGUCAAGUAAAGUGUCACAAUAUCAUCAAAAGUUUGGUCAUAGAAAAUGGUCAUAGAAAAUGAUCAAACAAUCUAACUUGAUGAACUCAGGCCAAUGGAAAUAAGUCAUUGCACACAGAAUUAUUCACACAAUAGCCAAUGGACAUAUACAUAGACUGAUUUUCUUUUAACUGAAGAAAGUAAUUAAUCUUUCCAACUGUUUAUUUAUUUUUCCUAGUUUUGCUGUUGGCCAUUCCCUCUUUUCAAAGAGUGCUAUUUUGCUGACAGAUGCAAGUUGUUUGAAAGGUCAUAAUUAUCUGAAAUUUCUUCACAUCAUAGCAUAGCAAAACCAAGGAAGAAUGAGUGGUAUUAUGAUGUAUGUUGAAAACAUAUUUAUUGUGCAAUUUUAUAUACUUAUCAAAAGACAAAAGUUAUAAUAUCUUACACAAAACCUGUGUACAGAAUACAUUAAUUCUCUUAAUAACAUGUACUGUUUAAAUGUUUAAACACCCAACUUCCUGGCUUCCUAAGACACAGUACUGUAAUAAUCUGUGGCAACAAUAAAAUAAUAAUAUUCAUUAAAA